AACUAUGGUCAUGAUGCGUUUUCCGAAACAGUCAUGCGAACUUUUCUCCACCACCAUCGAGCGCAGAGUGGGCAACGACUCCUUUGUCACGCAAUACAUCAAUCGCCUCGUUUGUCUCUAAUUUCAUCGCCUCUCAUUGAGCUCAUAUCACUAUGAAACGGGCCACCAUUGUGGGAGUGAUUUGUUUGUCUGCUCCUACAAUACCAGAGUUUCACCUCACCGGCUACGCAAUCAGGAACUCACAAGCGAAAUCUUAGGACUGAGCUGCACGGCAGAAAAUACGAUAACACUCUACUGAAGUUGUAUCUUGGUUUACAACUCUCCAGCUCAUAUAACACCACACGACGACUAAUUACGACUAACGACGAACUUUGCCUUCCGCGUACAAUCCUGAAAAAGGAAAACGAAUAAACCGUUCGACGAGCUCCAAAUGACCCAAAAUCCAAAACGAGCGCUUACAGCAUCUGCGUAUCAGCAACUCGCUCCGCCUACAUACUACCGCACUGGACCCUACCCACCAAAUGUGUCACACGGAAUGCAAAUACCACAACUCAGACAUGCUACACAGCCACUGAUUACCAGUCGACCUGCUGAUAUUGGGAUGGGUGCGCAAAUCACAACGAGGGAUGAUAGGGCUAUCAGCAAAACGUGGCAUGACGAGUGGGAUACUGAGCCUAGACCAUUCGGUCCUAGAAGGCCGUUGGCGCUGCUCAACCAGCCUGUGCAAAUCAAUCUUCGAACACAUCCUCGCAACGCCAAGCGUGUCUACCUCAAUCACUGGGAUCGCCAACACGAACCGAACGGCACUACUGCACAACGGCUGGUAAUACAAAAGAAGCAGGACAGGAUGGAAAGGCGUACUAUGUUACUAAGAGCUGAGCAACAAGAAGAAAGGCGCAGAGAAGUGAAGCAGGCGGCAAUGAAUGCGGAUGUGGUCGAUCUUACCGGAGAUAGCACAUCAAAUGAAAAGGGCCCGUGGAGACAUGACUCUGUCGGACAUGCGAGACGAUUCACACCUGGGGUCAUUCAUGGCAACUAUAGGUCACAGUGCUGUCCGCGUUUGUCUCUGCAAAUGAGCGAGAUGUAUGUAGUCGGGCUUGGGAUGAGAGCCUUCAGUUAAGUGCAGUUUCCUCUUUCACGAACAUGCAAACAUU